AUGGCUACUGCUCGUGCCAUUGUCUCACAUGGUCCGCUAUCUGAGAAGAAAUGGAAACUAGAGGAUGUCAAGAUCGUAGAUCCGAAAGAUGACCAAAUAGUUGUGAGAAUGGUUGCCAGUGGGGUAUGUCAUACCGAUAUCAAUUUUGGCAACAUUCCAGAGGGCAUUCCAGGAGCGCAAUACCCAAUCAUAUUUGGUCACGAAGGCUCUGGAUACGUGGAGAAGAUUGGAGACAAGGUAAAGAAAGUUGCUGUCGGGGAUCCCGUGUUGCUGUCCUUUUCUUCAUGCGGGAAGUGCCGACUAUGCGAAGACAAGCACCCUGCACAUUGCGAUGAGUUCACACCAUUGAAUUUCAUAGGCAGAAAAUCUUUCGCCAAGUUAUCAUCUAGCGAGCCGGAUAUCGCUGGGUCGUUCUUUGGCCAAUCGAGCUUCGCGAGUCUCAGUGUAGUGGACGAGAAAUCAGUUGUCAAUAUCAAAGGGCUGGUAAACAGCAAGGAAGAACUGAUCAAGCUCUGCCCGCUGGGCUGUGGUAUCCAAACAGGGACUGGAUGUAUAAUCAGUGUGACGGAAGCGAAACCAGAAGAUACUGUAGCCGUUAUCGGGUUGGGAGGAGUCGGUCUGUCAUGUAUCAUGGCGGCCAACAUCGCUGGAGUGAAGACCAUCAUCGGUGUAGAUAGGGUUGAAUCACGCAUGCAGCUCGCAAAAGAACUGGGAGCAACGCAUACCAUCAACACAUCGAGUUUCAGUCCCGAGUCGCCACAAGACUUUGCUGAAGCAGUUCAAAAGAUCGACAAGAAUGGUCCGACGAUAACCGUAGAUACAACUGGUGUAGUUGACUUGAUCCACCAGGCGUAUGAUCUUACCAGAGCGCAGGGUAAAAUAGUACCACUAGGUAUGGUGCCGCCAGGAUCUAAGCUUAAUAUCGACAUCACAGAUAUGGUCGUAACAGGCAAGAAGAUCAUGGGCACCAUUGAAGGAGAUGCGGUCCCAGAUGUGUGGAUUCCCAAGAUGAUACAGUGGUGGAGAGAGGGGCAACUACCCUUUGAUAGGCUCAUAAAAGUCUUCAAGGCGGAAGACUUUGAGGAAGCAGUCCACCAGAUGCAUACCGGGGAGACUGUGAAGCCAAUUAUCACCUGGUAACGGUCGUACGAGCUGUAUUGAAUGCGGUUGUCUUUCGAAGUUGUGGUCUGGAUCGACUGUACAUGAUUUGUCGUCUCCUAUGUAUGUACAGGUGUCGAUGCAAACGAGGUUCACAAGUGCGGCAUUUCCGUAAGCUCAAAAUUGUUCUGGGACCACCUGUACAUAAUAUCGCUCGGACCUCGCACGGCUUCUCCAGGUACCAUAGCAGCUGUGUCCAACUUUAUGAUGGUACCGAAAGGACGUCCGGAAGGUUCGGAGGUCGAAGGCUGUCAGCGUGUGGCGAGCAAAGUAGGGACAUUUUCUGGCUGGUGUCCAGCCGACGCGUCUUUGUGCAGUGUCGAUGUCCGAUCUGAUACGUAAAUUCCUUGAAAAUAACAACACGCUAUGCCGGUAGAGGUUUGAAGCAUGAAGCACUGACUGUGCUUGGACGGC